AUCCUUUCAGCACUCUGGUAAAAUCAACAGUCUUCAUCCGAGUGCUUUUGUAGUAAAAAUUACAACCUAAUUUCUACUUUGCUCCUUGUUUGUACAGGAAUAGAUAUUGGGAUAAAACACACUCUUGGGAAGAAGAUUCAUGCAAAACAUCUGACUCACUGUCUAAUAAUAAAAAGGUUCCUGCCGAAGUGGAUCACAGAGUGUAAUUAAGCACAAAUCUUAAUGAUGGAGUGUCACAUUGUCAGUGAAGCUCUCUCUAACAUGACAUCAGAAUCCUGCCCUUCGUGAUGUGAACAUGGUGUGAAAUGCUGGGCAAUAACAGGACGUGUGACCACAACAGGGGAGUGAGGGAGCAGAGGCCGAGCAGGCGGAACGCGCGGGGGUUUUAAAGCAGCGCUCCGAACUGUCAACGUUUCCUCCCGCGUGUCGCCUCUGAGGCGGCGUCGGCUUCUCGCACGCUCGCGCUCGCCGGUGUAACGCUGAUCUCAGGCGACUGCUGCUCUCUCUCCUAACGAGCCUGUCGCGCGCCGUUAAGGUCACGGCGAGACGCGCUCACGGCCGAGAGCAGCGCGGGCCGCGGACCCGACCGGUCGCUUGCUGUAAAUGGGAUCCUUUCGGGUCCCAGCUUUAAUUAGCGGCGUUUCAAUUUUUAAUGACCCCCUGCUCGCUGUGUCAUUACGACUGCUUCCCGCUGGGAAGUGCAGAUUAGAGGCGACCACAGGGAGAUUCGCUCCAGACGAGGAACGCCAGGGGUUACGAGCACCAUAGUUACCAGAUAAUAUAGUAUAGUGGAGGACCUGCUUUCUGUCUUCACCUCAGUGGCUCAUUGUGGGGAACGUCCGGCAGCGCGGCAUUUUGCAACUCCAGCUGCCUGAAUAUCGUCCCACAUCAGCUGUGGCAGCCAGAGCAAAGUGUCAGACAUGCAAGUGGCAAUUUGCAAAAGCAGAACUGUUUCAGUGGAAGCGUCUGUCACCGCCUUGCAAAACAUUUGCACCGAACACACUGUACAGGUUUCUCAGUGACAUCGCAUCAACACAAGCCUUUUACACGCUCAACAGAACCAAACCUUAACUAAAGCGCUUCCCUGUGAGGCAAAUGUUAUUCCUAGACUGGUUAAAGUGAGUAAUGCCUCCAAAAAUUCUAAGGUUCCUGUUUUGUUUGAUUCCAGUCGUUCUGUGGGAAGUGACGAUGGGUCACAUCACCUUUGAUGCUCUAUUUCUUAUUUCUACAUAAGAGGCUAUGGAAUAAAACAUCAGUCUGCCUGUGUUUCGUUAAAUUUUCUAACUUAUGACGUAUGACACCUAUGACACUAACUCACAGCCAUGUGCAGCUGAGUAACAGCAGCCCACAGCAGCAGCGUCGUACAGAUAAGCGGGGCCUGGUAUUAGGAUGUGAGAUUUGCCUGUCGUGACCCAGUUAUGGUCGGGAGCGCGUUCGCGUCCUCCGCUCCGUCGACGCCUCAGCGCUCGCACGGCGUUCGCUGCGUCUGCCGUCGGCGCGGCGUCUGCCCACGGAUCAGACCGCGGUGGUCUCCUGUCGCCGAGCGGCCGCUAAUGGCUGUUUGCAGAUCACAUUACAGAUUGUGUGGAUGGCGGUGGCUAAUUAGAGGGCGGCCGGCGAUCACGGCGUCGCCCUUUAAUUCCACAUAAUCCAGACUUUGAAAGCGCCCUGGAGGAACGGCUUCUCCUCCGUCUCCUUCGUCCGCCGUGGCCUCACCUUCAACUCCGGCUCACCAUCAUCACCUUCAUCUGGGGCUUCACUCCAUCCCAGGUGCUGCUUUGGUGAUGGUAUCAUAGCGGAGGGCGAGCGGAGAGGCCAUUGAGGCUCCUGCUUCGCUGAUCAGUGUUUCCCAUAGAGCUGCUGCUCCGCUCUCCUAUUUACCCAGUGUUGUGUUAGCUGCCUGGAAGUGGGGCCCGUCCUCUUGACGGCCGCUCAGCUCCCACCGGAGUAUGUGACCUACAUUUGUUUGUGGUGCAGUGUUGGGCUCGUGAGUCACUUCCUUUAUCAAACAGACAGUUUUUUGCAGCGUACCCUUCUCGUCCCCCCGAACGCCGACUGUUUUGUGCCUUUUUGUGUCUUUUUGUGUCCUUUGGCUUCACGCAGCGCUUCGGAGCUUGAGUCGAUCAAAAAUGAUUUCGCUCACAAUACACAAUAAAGACACGCACGCGCUUCGAUGUAUACGCAUCCGUGCACAGAGGUCACCUUCCUUGGCUGGGAUUGUUAUAUUAUGGUGGACAGAUGUGCCCCUAAAUCUGUGGUCCCCUGGUGAAGAGAGAAGAUUCAAAACGCUGAACAACGACAAACGUGAUGCGGAGAAAGAGAGAAAAACAAGGGAGGAAGAGACAAAGAGUGAUUAAGGUGCAUGAAGACAAACACAAACAUGCACAAACAGCACAUGUCUAUAUAUUUAAUAAACUGAUUAUUCACUCAGACCAUAGGUUUCCACCAUCAUUUUGCAUAGAGGAUGGUUUCUCUGCCCCGUGGGAGAUGAGCCGCUUUUGUUACGUCGCCUUUUGUCCCAGACAGAAAAUGGAAGAAACGUCCUUAUCAUGAGAGACAAAUGAGGAAUUUCAGCUUCAAAUUUGAAUGUACUUUGGCUAAAGUGAGUCCAGGAGAUGAGGCUGAUGAAACACAAUGUUUUUAUGGAGAUUCGGUCCCAGAUGGGGCUCUGGCCUCAAAGCCUUUGUCUGUGACGCCCUGCAUUGUCUGCAACACUGCGAAGGAAGUUAAUCCUCCUCCUCCUUUACCCGAACAGACAGAAAUGAAUAUUGUCUGUGAAAGGGACACUUUGGAGGGACAUUACAGUUCAGACUCCUUCCUUUCAGUCUACAUUUCUGGGGUCAUGUGGGAGAAAUAGUGAGCUUAAGCCCUCGACACUUGCCUGCUGGUAACACAGUGGAACAUUUGUGCUAUUUGCUCCAGGAAGUAAAAGAGAAUUGUGGACUUACAGUCGCCAUGUGGUCAGAAACAUAUCUCUAAAUAUAGAAUAGUGUAGCUCUAUGCUCCUGAAUGAGUGAACAACCAUCUGUUUGUUCAUCACAUCAGCUUAUAAAAACAAUGAUUGUUUGUUCACAACGUGUUUCCCCGGUGGGAGACUUUUAAUUGUUUCAAAGAGCAAAACGCAAACUUGAUGGGGGCUGUGUUAUGAUUUUCACUCCGCCUCUGGAUAUGAGCUGAUACAUGAGCGGUCGCCGUCAGGCUGUAGGUGAGCUGCCCACGCUCAGAGAGUGAUGUCACAGUUCUGCAGGGAUAAUAAUGAGCAUAAUUAUUUAGUCUAAAAGGGCUGUAAUAACUUUAUUAUAACAGAAGUAAUCCACCUUCCAUAAAUGUCACACAGCAACUCGUGUCAUGAUCUGAGUGUCCUCACGUUUGGCUCCAGCGGAGAUAAUCUUUGUCUGAUUUAAAUCAGAUGAUCAAUUUGCUGCUUGCAGGUGAAUACAAUAAGUUCUUGGCUAUGAUAAAUAACCAUUAUAUAAACAGUCAAACUGCAGUUAAACUAAAAGAAACCUAGAAUGGAGAAUGACACCUUAUUGUUUCAUAAUUUACUUCCACCAUUACAGGUAUAAGUAUUGAGUGACACAAGAUAAAUAAGAUUUAGUUACAACUAAUGCUUUUAACUAUAUGCAUUUUGCAUUUGUGUGCACAGUAGAAUCGGUUUAUUACUGUAUAUUGGUUGAAGGGAAGAGUUGGAUUAGCUGCAUUAGCGCCAUUCUCACAUUUAUUACUUUGGUUUAUGACCCAAUGACGUGUGAGUAACAGCUCAGCAGAAAACUGAACACAGACCGACAGAGAAGAGCGAGAGGAAAAAGUCCUACGUUCUAUAUAUGUAGAAAUACAAAAGGUGCAGUUCACUGGUUUUCCUUCCAUUUUUUCAUGUUUCACUGCAUUUUGCAAUCUUAAGCACAUUCAAAAGUGUCAAGAGUUCUUCAGAUUGCAGACUGAACAACACUUCUAAAUGUGUGUGACUGCAGGCUUCACUGCGCGAGAUACGACCACACCAGAAUCGCUGAUGUCAGGUCAGCCGCUGGUGUCUGUUCAUUCAAGAACCUUGAAUGCAGAACGCCAGUGCUUCCUUCCUCUGUUUCGUUAAAAGUAAAAGUAAAAGUAAAAGUAAAAGUAAACCAACAAUUCUGCCCUUUGCCAUUCGCGUCUAUCGGUUUUCCAUCCUGAUAACCUCCAGAUUUGGACAUCGGCACCGUCACUACUCAUUAACCUGCUGCUGAAAAGCUGUAUUACCUGCAGCUGAGUCGCAUUAAUCUCACUCUCGGCGUGAGUGAGCUCAAGGUUCACCUGUGCUGUCAGGUCAGAUUUACCCCCCGACCUGCCUUAUGUUGGUAUCAAGCCGGUGAAUUGAGCCACACGCAGUUGACUGUGAAACAAUUCAAGAUGGGUCAGAGAUUGAGAACCCUGGAAAAGGUUCUGAUCGUCUGCUUCGUGGCCGUGACCUGCGCCUGCCUCGCCCUCGUAGUCGUCGACUUGGUCCUCGACGCCGACUCCUCUGUUCAACCAGAAGGACCUCCCUCAGGCUGUGGUGGCCCCCGGCAGCUGUCUGGAGACUCAGGAACCUUCACCAGCUGGAACUACCCGAACAGCUACAACAACGGCAAGAGCUGCAGCUGGGACAUCACCGUGGACCCCGACAAGGUGAUCCAUCUGUGGUUUGAGGAGUUCGCGUUGGAGGAGACCCAGCUUUGCGGAGCGGACUUCGUCACACUGCGGGACUCUCUGGGAAACAUAGGUAAAUACUGUGGCUACACUAAGCCGAAGCCGGUGGUGACGCUGACAAACCACCUGACGGUGUUUUUUGACACCAACGACAGGAAAACAGACCAAGGUUUCAAGGCUCAUUACCGAGCUGUGGCUCCAGAACUCGCAUCAGAAAUAGCUGGAGCCGGUGGCUUUCUUCAAGGUGACCAGGGAGACCUGAUGACCCCCGGCAUCCCUGAGCACAACUACCCGAACGGAGCACUGUAUCAGUGGCUGAUCACGGUCCCUGAAGGGGAGCGUGUCCGGAUCACAUUCACCUCCUUUGACCUGGUCCCUGAGGUCUGUGGAGACUUUGUGGAAAUCUAUGACGGCAGCAAAGCCGGCUCCUCUUCACUAGGUAAAAUGUGCGGCGGGAAGGUGCCAAAGCCAGUGGAGUCCAGUCACAACUCCAUGGUGGUCCGCUUCAAAUCUGACCACACUCUGACUUCAAAGGGAUUCAGAGCAACUUUCACCAAGACCAGUCUUCCCCCUGUGGUUGUUCCUACCACAGCAGAGCCCACAACCACAGCCAGCCCCACCACACAAGCCCCCCUCCCCCCCACCACCUCUGGAGGUGAUGGCCCAGUAAUCCUCCAGGGACGUAAAGGAGUGAUCCAGUCGGUGGGAUUCCCAAAUCCAUACCCUGCCAACGCAAACAGCUCCUGGAAGAUAAGCGUUCCCAAAGGGUUCCUGGUUGAGCUGCAGAUCACUGACAUGGCCAUCACAGGAGAGACUGGGCUGUGCAAAGAGGACAAGCUGGUCGUCUCAGAUCGGUACAGUGUUCUAGGCACGCACUGCGGCUUCAUCCUUCCGCCGCCGGUGUUCAGCGCCGGCGACACGAUAUCUGUCGCCUUCCAGUCCGACGGUCGCCUCACAGACAGAGGAUUCUCCGCCAAGUGGGAGGCGGUGUAUCCGGAAGACAUUGCAGAAAUUCAGGGCUGUGGCGGUUUUUCCCGAGAGCAAAUGGGCAUCAUCACAUCCCAGAACUGGCCUAUGAACUACAAGGCCAACACCGAGUGCAUGUGGAACAUCGCGUUGCCUUUGGGGAAAAAAAUCACACUGACUUUUACAGACUUUGACCUGGAAGCCGAAGACAUUCUCCUGUCUAAAUGCUUGGACAGCCUGGUGGUGUACGACAUCAACAGUUUGACUAACGCACUGCUUAAAACACAUGGCCCAUUUUGUGGGACAAAGCUGCCUGGUCCCAUCCAGACCAGAGGCAACAAGUUGAUGAUUCGCUUCCAUUCCGACUUGUUUAGUGAAGCCAAGGGCUUCAGAGCCUUUUGGUCAACAGACUCCAGUGUGCCCGUUCCCACUGAGCCACCUACGCCACCCAACCCCUGGGACAGCAUCCCCAUAGACUGGCCAAGUCCAUGUGGGAGACCACAAGUUCCUCCCAACAUUGUGUCACGCAUAGUGAACGGUGAGCCGGCCAGGCCACACUCUUGGCCCUGGCAGGUAUCCAUGCAGGUGUGGCCAUCUAGUCGCCCUGAGCCUAGUUUCUCCCAUACCUGUGGUGGUACUCUUAUCCAUAAGAACUGGGUACUUACAGCAGCCCACUGCUUCAUAAGGUACGCGGACGAGCUGCAGCGCUGGCGCAUGUGCGUGGGCAAACACAACCUGACCUUCACGGAGCCCAGCGAGCGCUGCUUCAACGUGUCCGGGAUCUAUCGCCACGAGGGAUUCAAGUAUCCCAGCGUGCCCACCGUGGAGUUCGACAUUGCCCUGGUCCGGCUGGAUGGGGACGUGACGCCCAGCGCCCACAUCUCAUUCGCCUGCCUUCCCUACAGCGGAGAACAAGUCCCUGCGGGGAAGAAGUGCUACGCCACCGGCUGGGGAGAUGAGACUGGUAACUCACUGAACCCUAAAGCUGCAGAGGCCCUCAACCAGGUCGCGCUCCCCGUCGUACCGUACGACACUUGCAAGAGGAUGGAUUACUGGUGGUUCCAGGUCAAGACCUCCAUGAUCUGCUGUGGCUACACGCUGCCCGAUGAACUCAAGUCCGUCUGUCAGGGAGAUUCCGGAGGUCCCCUGGUGUGCCAGGAUGCUGUACUCCCGGGUCACCCAUGGGAAGUUCAGGGUAUAACCAGCUUUGGCCCCGUCGGAUGCAUUAUGGAUAAGAAGCCAUCUGUGUUCACCCGCACCUCCGCGUACAUACCCUGGAUCGAGAAUGUUAUUCGCAGGGACAUCUACAGCGAGCACACAUCCGGCUGUGGCGGCCCAAAAGACCUGAGUGGCACAGGUGGCACUGUCUCCUCUAUGGGUUACCCUGGCAGCUACAACAACAAAGCCCGGUGCCAGUGGAACAUCCAAGUACCCACAGGCAAACUUGUCCACCUCCAGUUUCACAAUUUCUCCCUGGAGGAGACUCAGAUGUGUUUAAAUGACAAAGUCAGCCUCUCGGACCGGAUCGGAAACCUAGGCACCCACUGCAGCCAUGAACCUCCUCAGGACCUGGUGAGCGAAGGAAACAGGCUUCACAUCAGCUUCUCCUCCAAUGACAAGGUGGUGGACACUGGCUUCACAGCCACAUGGAGGGCUGUGGAUCCCACAGACGCUCCUUGCGGAGGGAGCUUCACCGGCGCUCAGGGUGAGCUCACGUCUCCUAACUGGCCCGGUUCCUACCGAGCCCAGUCCGUGUGCACGUGGCGCAUCACCGUUCCUUCAGCGACAGCUGUGCGCGUGAACUUCACUGAUUUUGAGCUGCAAACCGCAAACCUGUUGGGAAACUGUGUGGACUACGUGGAGGUCUUCAGUGGAGACGGCACGGAGUCCGUCGGUCGAUUCUGUGGAUUUACUGCUCCGCCCGACCUUGUCAUACCCAGCAACACCGUCAUCAUACGCUUCCUGAGUAACGCCGCCAAUCAACAGAAGGGUUUCCGUGGUAACUGGAAGGCUGUAAUCCCAUCUUUACCGCAUCUAGCUCCUAACCAGUGGGAGGACAUCACUAUCAAUUGGCCAGAAAAUUGCGGCAACCCAGCAGUGAAGCCUAACACAGCCGCCACGAGAGUAGUCAAUGGGGAAGAGGCCACCCCCCACUCGUGGCCCUGGCAAGUCUCCAUGCAGGCUUCACCGAUGGCCCCCAUCCCUUACAUGCACGGUUGUGGCGGUUCUUUGAUUCAUGAGGAAUGGAUCCUAACAGCUGCUCACUGCUUCAUGUUCCCCCUGAACACACCAUCCUUCUGGCGCAUGUGCCUGGGGAAGCACCACAUGAAUUCCUCCAUGGACGUCCCCUCGGCCGAGGCCUGCUAUAAAGUGGACGGCAUCAUCCGCCACGAGGGUUUCGUCUACGAGCAGGACCGCAGCGACAUCAGCAACGACGUGGCCUUGGUCCAUUUGGCCCGUCCUGUCGCUACGACGAGGGAGAUCAGCCCCGUGUGUCUGCCCGCGCCUGGGGCCGUGCUGCCUGCAGGGACGCCCUGCUUCGUCACCGGCUGGGGAGACGAGAGAGGUAACCUGUUCCCUAGAGUGUCUGAGAAGCUGAAUCAGGCAGCCCUUCCUGUUAUUGACUUCCCCACCUGCAGUCAGCCCGAGUACUGGUGGGACACCCUCAGGCCCUCCAUGAUCUGUGCUGGCUACGAGUCCCCAGACGAGCUCAAGUCAGCUUGUCAGGGUGAUUCUGGAGGCCCCCUGUCCUGCCCCGCUGCCGACACAACCUGGGAGCUUCACGGCGUGGUCAGCUUCGGGCCUCUGGGCUGCAUCAGAGACAAGAAGCCUUCAGUGUUCACCCGGGUUUCUGCCUUCAGUGACUGGAUCAACAGCAGCAUCAAGAAAUUUAUACAUGAAAAUGGACAAGAGCACUUCAGCUAAUAUUCUGAUGUCAGUCUUUUCCUCAUAUUUUUGUCUUUUGGACCAAAUGUGCCCUUUCAUGUUGGGUUUGCUCCCUUCUGCUGAUAAGAUUUAGUUCAAAAAUUUGAACUACUCUGAACUGACUCAUUAUGUAAUAUUUUUGAGAGAUAAUUGUUUUAGAACCACUUUUAUCUCAUCAUCAUAUUUUAUAUCAUCAUAUAUACAGUUAUUGCAAAUAAGUUUUGCUAUUUUUU